AUGGCUGGCAGAUCUGUUGCAUCAUCGGAACGGGCCGUCUCGAAUGUCGCUAUUUCCUCGGUCACCUCGAUCGUGAAUUCAUUGGCCACCGCCCACCAAUUUAUCAGUAUCAAACUGACCUACAAGAAAUUCUUGUGUUGGAGAUCCCAGGUUGUUCCGUUUCUUCGUGGUCAUGAACUAAUGGGAUUCAUUGAUGGAACGAACCCGUGUCCACCAGCCUUUCUCUCCGGCAAAGAUGAUUUAUAUGAUGAUGCUACACAGUAUAGGAGUUUGGCUGGAGCUUUACAGUAUCUUACUGUCACACGUCCGGAUCUAUCCUUUGCAGUUAAUCAGGUCUAUCAACAUAUGCAUGCUCUUACGGUUUCUCAUUGGGAGCAAUUGAAACGUGUACUGAGGUAUGUCAAAGGAACUAUCACUUAUGGUUUGCGCAUAAGGAAGUCAGUGUCUAGAGAGUUGCAUGCUUUUUCCGAUUCUGAUUGGGCUAGCUGUCCUGAGGACCGUAAGUCAACUAGUGGUUAUACUAUAUUUCUUGGAUCCAAUCUUGUGUCUUGGGUGUGUAAGAAAUAA